AUGGGACAGACCCAAUCUGGAUGCUCUCCGCUUACCUUAAUAACUGAUCAUUUCACAGAAGUUAGAGCUCGAGCUCAUAAUCUGAGUGCAGAAAUUAAAAAAUCUCGGAUGGUUAUCUUUUGCAGUGCUGAAUGGCCCAGCUUUAACGUAGGCUGGCCUCCUGAAGGGACUUUCGACUUAAGGACUGUCCGGAGAGUUCGAGAAAUCAUCCUCAGACCUCGAAGCAGACAUCCAGACCAGGUCCCAUAUAUCCUGGUUUGGGAAGAUCUAAUAGUCAGCCCAACCCCUUGGAUCCAACCCUUUUUACCUCCACAGGCAGCAGCAGCCACGGAGAUCCUAGUGGCUGAAGAAAAGAAAAAGCCUCCGGCUGCCCCCUCUGCCCCUGUUUUGCAGGAAGAUUCGGCUCUUCUUGAUCUCCUUCUCACACCUCCACCAUAUUCUCUCCCCCCUCCUAUUCAGCCUGAACCCCCACUUCCCCAACCUUCUCCAGAAGCGGCUGGGGGAGGACCUGCAACGAACACCCGACAACGUAGGGCCGCUUCCCCCAGGUGGCCUGCCGACUCCUCUUCAGCAGCUGUUCUUCCUCUCAGGGCUCUGGGUCCCCCUGAUGCUACUGGAGAACAGCCCCUUCAAUAUUGGCCCUUUUCUACUAGUGAUUUAUACAAUUGGAGGACCCAGAACGCCCCAUUUUCAGAGAGACCUAAAGAGCUUAUUAAUUUGUUAGAAACUGUUCUGUUUACUCAUCAACCUACGUGGGACGAUUGUCAGCAGCUACUCCAGAUAUUAUUCACCACAGAAGAAAGAGAAAGGAUCCAGCUAGAGGCACGGAAACUGGUGCCAGGAGAUAAUGGGCAACCCACGGCUAACCCUGCGACGAUUGACUCCUCCUUCCCUUUGUCUAGGCCACAGUGGGACUAUAACACGGCAGAAGGUAAGGAGCGGCUCCGGGUCUACCGCCAGACUCUGUUGGGGGGUCUCAAAGCGGCCGCUCGCAGGCCCACUAAUUUGGCUAAGGUAGGUAAUGUACAGCAAGGGAGAGAAGAGAGUCCUGCGGCGUUCCUGGAGAGACUGAUGGACGCAUUCCGUCAGUACACUCCCAUGGACCCUGAGGCGGAGAAUACUAGGUCAGCCUUAAUGAUGCAUUUUAUUAAUCAGUCAGCCCCAGAUAUAAGGAAGAAGUUACAGAAGAUAGAUAGAUUAGGUGAAAAAUCUAUUCAAGAUCUGAUGGCAGUAGCAGAGAAAGUUUAUAAUAACCGAGAGACACCUGAAGAGAAGCAGACUAGAGCCGCCGACCGGCAGACCCGAAACAUGGCUCGCAUUCUCCUGGCCGCCACCAGCGCCCAGCCGAACGAACGAGAGAAGAGAUUGAAACAACUGGCAGAAGGUAAGCUGAAACCUAACCCCCAGGGAAAACCAAAGUUAGGACGGAACCAGUGUGCAUAUUGUAAAAAAGAAGGACAUUGGGUUAAGGAUUGCCCUAAAAAGUUAAAACAAGGAACCAACGUUUUGGCUCUGGAGGACCUGAGAGACUAGGGGAGACGGGGCCCGGAACCCCUCCCCGAGCCCAGGGUAACCUUAAAAGUGGAGGGGACCCCAAUUGAGUUUUUAGUGGACACUGGGGCCGAACAUUCUGUCCUGCUUGACCCACAGGGAAAACUCUCUUCAAAGACUUCAUGGGUGCAGGGGGCCACUGGUAUGAAAAAAUAUUCAUGGACUACCCGAAGAAACCUAGAUCUGAGCACGGGCCGGGUAUCCCACUCUUUCAUGGUCAUACCAGACUGUCCCUACCCACUGCUUGGCCGAGACUUGCUAACCAAAAUAGGAGCCCAGAUCCAUUUCUCACCUGAGGGGGUGAAUGUUACAGACCCGGCCGGUAGGCCGGUACAAGUUCUAACCAUGCAAAUAGAAGAUGAGUACAGAUUACACCAAGGCCCUUCCGAAGUAUCCCCUGAGGCUGAUAUGCAACAGUGGCUUAAUGAAUACCCACAAGCCUGGGCAGAAACCGGAGGUCCAGGCUUAGCCAAACAUCGGCCCCCAAUCUAUAUUGAAUUAAAACCAGGAGCAGAGGCCGUCAGAGUCAAGCAAUAUCAGAUGCCACAAGAGGCACAAAGGGGUAUUCGCCCUCACAUACGCAGGCUGUUGGCUCAGGGCAUCUUACGCCCAUGCCAAUCCAACUGGAAUACCCCGCUUCUCCCGGUCAGAAAGCCGGGGUCCAAUGACUACAGGCCAGUGCAGGAUUUGAGACAAGUUAACCAACGGGUGAUGGACAUCCAUCCCACAGUACCAAACCCCUAUACUCUUUUGAGCUCUUUGAACCCCAAUCACCAGUGGUAUACGGUACUGGACUUAAAAGAUGCUUUUUUUAGCCUCCCCCUGGCACCCAAAAGCCAGAAUAUUUUCGCCUUCGAAUGGUCAGAUCCAGAGGAAGGCAUUCAUGGGCAGCUAACUUGGACGAGACUACCACAAGGAUUCAAGAAUUCGCCCACGAUCUUCGACGAAGCAUUACAUGAGGACCUGGGUGACUACCGUAUCCAACACCCACAGGUUACCUUGCUACAGUAUGUGGACGACCUUUUGUUGGCCACAGAAUCCCAACAAACCUGUCUGGAGGCAACCAGAGACUUGCUGUAUACUUUAGGUGAGCUGGGAUAUCGGGCGUCCGCAAAGAAAGCACAAAUUGGCAGACAAGAGGUUCAUUACCUGGGAUACAUAUUAAAAGAAGGACAGCGGUGGCUGUCCAAAGCUAGAAAAGAGACUGUGUUAAAGAUCCCUAAGCCCCAGAGUCAACGCGGAAUUAGAGAAUUUCUGGGGUCCGCUGGAUUCUGUAGAUUAUGGAUCCCAGGUUUUGCUGAAAUGGCAAAACCACUAUACCAGGCAACAAAAGAGACUAUACCAUUUGCCUGGACAGAGGAAAUGGAUAAAGCCUUCCAGGACAUUAAGGCAGCCCUCCUGUCAGCCCCUGCCCUAGGUCUACCUGACGUCACUAAGCCCUUCCUUCUCUAUGUAGAUGAGAACAGAGGGGUAGCCAAAGGGGUGUUACUCCAGAAACUGGGACCUUGGAAAAGACCAGUGGCAUAUCUUUCAAAAAAACUGGACCCAGUGGCUAGUGGAUGGCCGCCCUGCUUGCGUAUGGUGGCUGCUGUGGCCUUGUUAGUAAAAGACGCUGGCAAAUUAACCCUGGGACAAGAACUGCAAAUAACAACCCCACAUGCCAUAGAGGGUAUAUUGAGACAACCUCCAGAUCGAUGGAUCAGUAAUGCUAGACUGACCCAUUACCAGGGACUACUACUAAACCCUACCAAGAUCAUUUUUCAGCCGCCAACUACUUUGAACCCAGCCACACUCCUGCCGGAUCCAGACCUGGACGCUCCACUACAUGACUGUGCUGACAUCCUGGCUCAGGUAUGUGGGAUCCGAGCUGAUCUGAAAGACGUCCCCCUUCUGGAUGCUGAACUGACCUGGUACACGGAUGGGAGCAGCUUCGUACAAAAUGGACAAAGGUAUGCGGGUGCGGCCGUGACCACUGAGACAGAAGUCAUAUGGGCUGCCCCUUUGGCCCAUGGGACUUCGGCCCAAAAAGCCGAACUUAUAGCAUUGACUGAAGCACUCAAAAGAGGUAGAGAAAAAAAACUGACCGUUUAUACUGACAGCAGAUACGCCUUUGCCACAGCGCACAUACACGGGGCCAUCUAUAGAGAGAGAGGACUCCUGACGGCUGAAGGAAAGACUAUAAAAAAUAAAGAGACAAUUCUUGAGCUUCUACAAGCCCUUUGGCUGCCCAAGAAACUGGCCAUAGUCCACUGCCCAGGCCACCAAAGAGGCGACUCCUCCGUGGCAAGGGGCAAUCGACUGGCUGAUCUUUCGGCCAAGGAAGCUGCUCUAGCAUCUGUUUCCCCGGUUUUGGCAGUUCGACUCCCUGAUCCAGGGACCAUGACUCUACCCGAUAACCCCGAAUACAAUGCAAAGUCAGCGCCUAUCCUACCUGAAAAACUGGGGACAGAACUGCUCUGGAAAAUUCAUAAUGCAACCCAUUUAGGGGCGAAAAAAAUGCAGGAUCUUGUCAGAACUGCAAAGAUUGUCAUCAAAGACUACCGGGCGAAAAUAGAAAAAAUUGCUUCAGACUGUAAGGCUUGCCAACUAACAAACCCAACCAAGACUUCAGGAGCAACUAAAGGAGCCAGAGAAAGGGGAACACGCCCUGGAGCCUACUGGGAAGUAGACUUUACUGAGGUAAAACCGGGACAAUAUGGAUAUAGAUACCUGCUAGUCUUCAUAGAUACUUUUUCUGGAUGGGUAGAGGCCUACCCAACAAAAAAGGAGACAGCCCAUGUAGUAACAAAAAAACUCUUAGAGGAGAUCCUGCCGCGGUUCGGAUUCCCUGCACAGGUAGGUUCCGAUAACGGUCCCGCCUUUGUCUCCAAGGUAAGUCAGGGACUGGCGGCGGUUCUGGGGACAAAUUGGAAAUUACAUUGUGCCUAUCGACCCCAGAGUUCAGGGCAAGUAGAAAGAAUGAACAGAACUUUAAAAGAGACCUUGACCAAAUUAACCCUAGAGACUGGCGGGGACUGGGUGGCGCUCCUCCCCUUUGCCUUGUUCCGGGUGCGGAACUCACCUUACAUGUUUGGGUUAACCCCCUUUGAAAUUAUGUUUGGGAGACCUCCCCCUAUUGUACCUAGUUUAAAGACUGACUUAAUAGCUGACUUGCCUGUUGAUGCUCUAUUUUCCUCCCUCCGACUCCUCCAACGGGUGCACAAGGACAUUUGGAAACGUCUAGAAGCCAUAUACCUCACCAAGCCACCACCUGAACCGCAUCGUUUUCAGCCAGGAGAUUGGGUCUAUGUGCGGAGACAUCACUCAGGCACCCUCGAACCACGCUGGAAAGGACCCUACUCUGUCAUCCUAGUCACACCAACGGCCCUCAAGGUAGAUGGUAUUUCAACAUGGGUCCACUUCUCGCAUGUGAGGCCUGCUGAUGCUUUCACCGACCUCCACGAGGUUCUGCCACAAUGGAGAGUCUCCAAACAUCCGGACAAUCCACUCAAGCUAAAACUCUGGAAACGCCCCAAAGAAGCAUCUCCCUCUUAA